ACUCGUCCUAGUGAAAAGUGUGCCGCAAUGCAAGUUUUACAGAAAUAUUAUUGUCUGUUCGUAGGAACAAUAGUAUUUUUUGUAGUAUUUCUUAUGCACCAGCACUGUAAACGCGAUGAAUCUCUAAGAGAACAACUGGAAAAUGAUGAUAUCGGCAGUAAGAAGAAUUACGACGGCUUGGAUGAAUAUGACAAGAAAUUGAUGAACCACGCGAAAAACAUUUUGAUCAAACCGAAUGGCCACUACGUCCCUUACGUUCUUGGAAACCCAAAUGGAAUUGACUAUUCUCAAGAAGGAACGGCGAUUUUCAUCCACUCGCUCAUGAAGAACAAAACGAAUGGAUAUUUCGUCGAGUGCGGCGCCUACGAUGGCGAGACCUACUCGAAUACGCUGGGACUGGAGAAAAAUUUCAACUGGACUGGUUUACUCAUUGAAGGUGCACCCAAAAAUAUUGACGUUAUGUUGAAGAAGAAGAGACGAGCGUGGAUCGCACCGACUUGUUUGAGCACCAAGAGAAAAUCCAUGACAGUUACUUUCAAUGACAACAUCAACGGAGGAAAGAUUGUGGAUGCCGUGAAUGGAAGCAUUCCGCAGUCCAAGGAGGGAGUGAACGUGGACGUAUUUUGCGUCCCUUUCAACACUUACAUGAAAGUGCUGGACAUAAAGCACAUCGACUAUUUCAGUUUGGACGUGGAAGGGCACGAAUACGAAAUUCUGCAGACGAUAGAUUUCAAGAAAGUAAAAAUUGAUGUAAUGGUUGUUGAGCAUUUUUUGGCUGGAAACAAAUCCGACGGAAUUCUCCGCAUAAUGAAAGAAAACGGCUUUAGUCUGGUUAAAAAAAUGAAACUCGACUUCAUCUUUGUUCACAAUGGAACUUCACAAUGAUCUUUUUAAUUAUUUUGUACGUGAAAGACUAUUAAUAAUAUUCUAUAUAAUUUAAAUAAAAAAAUAAAA